AUGAUUCGCAAUAUUCUUCUCUCAGCGCUCUGCAUCCUUCCCUCUCUCGUCUCAGCCGGGAACUACUCCAACCCCUUGAAAGCCAACAACGCCGGCGACCCCAACAUCGUCUACGAGAAUGGCUGGUACUACCUCAUGUCUACCACCGGCGCCGACUUGCAGAUGACAAGGGCACAUACUCUCGAUGGGCUGAAACAGGGUGAGAGAAAGCAGGUGUUUAAGGAUAGUACGCCGUCGAGAUGCUGCAAUGUUUGGGCGCCAGAGAUGCAUAAAGUUGAGGGAGCGUGGCACAUCUACUAUGCAGCCGGAGCUGGAGGCGAUGAACAGCAUGCGCAUGUCAUCAAAGGCGGCUCCUCCCCAUGGGACGCCUUCACGUACCUCGGCCAAAUGCGUCCCGACUGGUCUAUCGACGGCACGCUCCUCACAAUCGCCAACAAGAACUACUUCGUCUACUCCGGCCGAGACACCGACGGCGUGCAAAGCCUCUUCAUCGCACCCAUGACCGGCGCUGCCACGAGCGGACAACGCAGCCUCCUCGCCAAACCAACGCAAUCCUGGGAAACGAACGGCUUCGGCGUGAAUGAAGGUCCCUUCGCGCUGUACCAUGGCGGGCGCACUUGGUUGACGUUCUCGGCGAGUUUCUGUGGGACAGCGCAGUAUUCGCUUGGACUCUUGACAUACAACGGAGGUGAUCCUUUGCAGCAGGGAAGCUGGACGAAGUCGAAUGGGCCGGUGUUCAAGUCUGCCGAUGGCAACUAUGGGCCUGGGCAUAACAGCUUCUUCACCAGCCCCGACGGCUCUCAGAUCUGGAACGUCUACCACGCCACGAACAACUCGAAUGGCAGCUGUGGUGGGGAUCGGUAUGCGAAUGCCUUGAUUGUCAAUUGGAAGAGUGAUGGGACGCCGGAUUUUGGAGUGCCGCCUGAGGUGGGCGCUGUGCUUCCUGGGCCGAAGGGGGAAUAG